AUGGAUUAUGUGGUGCGGAAACCAAUUACCCAGGAGGCAGGAACACAUCCCGAGCGCCAGAAGGAGGCAGAAACACAUCCCGAGCACCAGCAAGAGGCAGGAACACAUCCCGAGCACCAGCAGGAGGCAGGAACACAUCCCGAGCGCCAGCAGGAGGCAAUAACACAUCCCGAGCGCCAGCAGGAGGCAGGAACACAUCCCGAGCACCAGCAGGAGGCAAUAACACAUCCCGAGCGCCAGCAGGAGGCAAUAACACAUCCCGAGCGCCAGCAGGAGGCAGGAACACAUCCCGAGCACCAGCAGGAGGCAAUAACACAUCCCGAGCGCCAGCAGGAGGCAAUAACACAUCCCGAGCGCCAGCAGGAGGCAAUAACACAUCCCGAGCACCAGCAGGAGGCAAUAACACAUCCCGAGCACCAGCAGGAGGCAAUAACACAUCCCGAGCACCAGCAGGAGGCAAUAACACAUCCCGAGCGCCAGCAGGAGGCAAUAACACAUCCCGAGCACCAGCAGGAGCAAUAA